GGCGUAUGUGUGUGUGUGUAUGCGGGACGAUACGAUUUCGCGGGUAACGAUGAGCGCGCGCCCUCGCCCUCGCAAGCCCUUAACCUUCGACCGUGGCUUUUUGUUUUCGAGGCCACGAUGCUGGCCCGAUACGCUUUCGAUCGGCAACGACCCCGCCCUGUCGCGCCACCAGAUCCACCAGAUCCGGGGGAUGUUCUUUUUCUUUUUUUUCUUUUUGGCUUUCGUUUCGGUAGUUGAUUAAGCUUGGAGGGUGCAGCGUGUGUUUAGGCUUUGUGCUUUCGAGUGUUUUGGUUGGAGGGGACACGUAUCGGUCGGUGUUUGGAAAUUUUCGAGGGGAAAUGGUCGAUGCUUUAGGUUUUUUUUUCAAGGAGAUUGAUUUUUGGGAAGGGGGAAUUGAUAUUGGAAAGGAUGGAAAAGGUUUCGUUAUUUUUUUGGUAUAUGAGGAAUGGUUUGAUGAUUCGAGGAUUUGGAAAAUGAUGUCAUUUUAGAGAUUUUUUUGUCUUUUAAUCAUAAGAUAUCAAAGCUUAUUGAAAACGAUAUUUCUAACGAUGCAUCGAGAAAUCGGUGUGAAUUCAUAACGUUACUUUACUCGUCUUCUUAGGGGUGUAGUAAUUGUGGUGAAGUGCUUUGAAAUAGCCGAGGAUGUGUGUAAUAUACUGUUUUAUAUUCGUAUCCUACGCCUCUCGUUUAGGGUGCGCUGCAUGUGAUAGCAGCAAGGGGUUGAUUAAGCGUUUGGGGUUGUAUUUGGUGUCUUCAUAGGGGGAUUUUUGUUUCAGGGAUGCAACGAUGUUGGAAAAAAUUAUAUCAAUAUUGGUUGAAGAUACAGUGGUUCGUUGUAUGAAUAUGAUUUAAAUGUUUCAUUUUUUAUUUAUUUAUUUUUUCUUUGCUUUCUUUCAUGUUAUAUAUAAUUUUAAUUUUUCUUUCGUUCUAAAUACUUUAUAAUUUAAAUAAAUAAUUUUUUAUAUAAUCGGUCUUAUUAUAAAAUAAUGUAUUUUUUUUGUUGGGGAAUUAGACUGUUAUCAUUCUUGUAUCACAAGCGAUAUUAUCAAUCGAGAAUAAAAUGAGAUAACAGCGCUACUGGGAUCAAAGGAAUUAUAAUUAACUGUAACUAAAUAUAAUUUUAAUAUAAAAGCACAGACUACAAAUAUAAAAUAGUAAUAAUAAAAUUUCCGAUGAUUUUCAUCAUUCAAUGCAUAUUUGUGUCGCGUAAUUCGAAAACUUGUUAUCAUUCUUGUGUCGCAUGCGAUAUUAUCGAUUCAGAAUGGAAUGAGACAACAUUUAUCUAUCUAAAGAAUUAAUAACAUCACAAUAUAUGCUCCUCAAAUCAUUUAAUUUUUAUCUGAAACAUUUUUUAAUAUUAUCAAAAAUAAUAUAUAAAUAUAUAUCUUCAGAAUUAACUUUAAAAAUCUAAAUACGAUAUAAUAAAUAUAAAAUAAUAAAACUAGGAAAAAAUACAUACAAUCUUCAUAUAAAAACACGUAAAUAAAACGUAAAUACGUAUAACAAAAAUACCUACAAUUAUAAAUUAUAUAUGAAACGUAUGCAUGUUUCUAACAUGUAAAAAAAUACACGCAAAGUGUAAAUAACUCGAACAUGUUCGUUCUUUUGAAACGAAGCUUCCAUAUUUGAAACUCCAAAGCACAAUUGAAAUUGUCCUCGAAUCGACGCCACGACUCGAUCUCGAUCGCGUUCACUAUUCAGUUGAAAUUCACGGCCUUCCUCUGUCAUGGCCGCGACUCUCCGGUGUGCCGGGGCUCGCAUCGCUAACCAUAACGAAUACACAGCGGAGGACGAAGAAGAGGAACGUAUCGCGGAACGCGGUGGAAAGGUCGGGGCACAUGGUGGCCAGCGACGCGGGUAUCGCGUGGCUCGUCCGCGAGGCAAUGGACGGCCGCGGAAGGAUCAAGCUUAGGAAGCUUUCACGCAGCCGUAUGUCGCGGGCCGCCGUUUCCGCUACCAAGCUGAAGCAGUGCGUCAGAAAACAGCCGGCUAAAAUAAGGAAAUGCAUGUGCCUGCCAUCCAAUUACGCCCUCGUUGAAUUCCCCUUGGUCUGGUCCGAGCUUAGAGCAAACCAACAACUGUGCGAUGGUGCAAUAAGGUGUGCCACAGGCCACGUUUUCCCGGUGCAUCGCGCUAUUUUAUCCGCGGUCAGCCCAUAUUUCAAGGCUCUCUUCACCAACAGCCUGAAAGGCGGAAAGACGGAAACCACGGAGGUCGCGAUUGAUUCGGUCCCCGGGAAAAUUUUCAGCCUGAUCCUCGAUUAUGCUUACACUGGCACAUGCAACGUGAACGCCGACAAUGUCGAACAACUUUUACCCCUCGCCGAUCAAUUCGAGGUCCUGGGUGUCGUUCAGCUCUGCUGCCAGUUUCUUUUGCAGGAGCUUCGCCCGGAAAAUUGCUUAGGAAUCUUCAAAUUCGCUCGUCACUAUUUCUGCCGCGACCUAGAAGAGAAGGGGCGGAAAUACAUCCGCCAUCAUUUUAAGCGGAUACUACAAGAGAGCCCGGAAUUCAAAGAGCUGACGAGCAAGGAACUUGAGGCGAUUCUACGUGACGACGAGUUGAACGUUAAAAACGAAGAAAUAGUUUUCGAGGCCGUUAAAACCUGGCUCGAGCAUAAUGUCGAUGAAAGAAGGCCUUAUUUACCCAGGCUCUUGAAAUGUGUGCGCUACGGUUUGAUGAGUUACAACUUCUUCACGAACAAUGUUCUCACGUGGAAGAUUAUCGAGGAGGAUGAAUCAUGCCAGCAAGUACUAGCUCCCGCAAACCAAUACCUAAAAGAGCAGGAAGCGAAACAAGGGAGCGGCGAAAUCGAUUUGAACAAUCCCUUGGCUAAACCUCGUAUCCCUUACGAGAUCCUGUUCGCGAUCGGUGGCUGGAGUGCCGGUUCCCCGACGAAUUUUGUGGAAACCUACGACACGAGAGCUGACAGAUGGUUUCUAUCAGUGAGCACGGACGCAACGCCGAGGGCCUACCAUGGCCUGUGCACGUUGAACAAUUUGAUCUACAUGAUCGGCGGGUUCGACGGCAAUCAGCACUUCAACACGGUCAGAUGCUUUGAUCCAGUGACGAGGGAGUGGCGUGAACGGGCGUGCAUGUAUCACGCGAGGUGUUACGUCAGCGUUUGCACCCACGGAGGAAAGAUAUACGCACUCGGCGGGUACAAUGGCCGCACCAGAAUGAGUUCAGGGGAAAGAUACGAACCGCAAAGGAACCAAUGGGAGAUGAUACCGCCGAUGCACAGGCAGAGAUCGGACGCGAGCGCUGCCGCCUUGCAGGACAAGAUUUACAUCGUCGGCGGUUUCAGCGGUCGUGAAGUUCUGAAUUCCGCGGAGGUAUUCGACGUGGAGACCAAUCAGUGGACUUAUAUCCAUCCUAUGAUCAAUCCGCGGUCUGGUGUCUCUUUGGUCGCGUUUCGAGACAGCCUUUAUGCGUUGGGUGGCUUCAACGGCUUCAUCAGGCUUAGCUCUGGGGAGCGUUACAAUCCGAAUCAUUCGGAGGAUUGGCACGCGGUUCCAGAGAUGUUCAGCCCCCGCAGCAAUUUCGCCACGGUCAUUCUGGACGACAUGAUAUUCGUCGUUGGUGGAUUCAAUGGCUCGACAACGAUUGCAUACGCGGAAUGUUACGAUGCGGACAGCAAUGAAUGGUACGAUGCAUCACCGAUGAAUUUGAAUCGUAGUGCCUUGAGUGCAUGUGUAAUCUCUGGUCUCGCGAAUGCACGUGAAUAUUCUUAUCACGGCAAAGCGCGAGAUCUUGGUCAAGGUCAAGCUUCGUCAGAGAAUCAACAGAAAACCAUCCAGGGCGGAGAGGGUGCAGUGGAAACGAAUGCCAAUAUUUCCACCGAAGAAGAGGAGACGGUGAACUUCGAUGAACACGUUCAAAGGGAGGUGAUCCCUAUGAACGAGAUGGCUGAAAGUGUCGGCAAUUAUUUAGGAUAAUUCUACGACACUGUUCAGCGCGCGAGAUAGAAUUUUCAAAAUUUAAAAAUAUAAAAACAGACAUUAUUUCGGAAGAUGAUUGUUUCACGAAUACGCAAGAUUUUUCUAUCGCCAUUUUAUUAAAAAGCACAUGAAAAUGGCAGAAAAAUUCAAUUAACAUAGUGUGUAAAAUAAAUAAUCCGAUUAUCUUCUAAAUAAUAGUUUCAGUUGAAAAAUAUUUCGAAUAAAAGUUAUAUACCUUAAAUAUACCUUUCAAGAAGAUGUGAGUAUUUUAGAGUACAUACGAUAAUUAAACUAUUUUUUUUUAAAUUUAUAAGAAUACAUCGCUGCAUCAUCUCCUUGAAAUUAUUCAACUUUUAUCAGAAUAUUUUUCAUCGAUAAUUAUUAUUUAAAGAGAAAAAUCAAGGUAUAGAUCGACAAAUUGAACUGGAAAUUAAAACUUUCUGCUCGAAGAAAUAUUCAUAUGGCGAUGUAAAAUUCUCAAAUAUUCGUGAAGCAAAAAAAAAGAAAAAAAAGAAAAAAAAAAGUUUGAAAGAAAUAAAUUUAUAGGGAUAAAUAAAGGAAAAAAAAUUAAUAGACAGGACCAGGCUUAGGAAAUAAAAACAUGGUAGGUAUACAGAAUUUAUCAAGUUAACCAUUUUUUUUAUAUUUAGUUUUACGAUAAAAAUUUGUCGCGUAAAGCCUUUACGCGGGUUUUAACGAAAAUUAGGUCUUUCAAUUUUUAAUCGAAAAUCGCAAUUUUGUAAGUGAUAUUAUUUUUCUGUUAAGCUAUUAUUUAUCUUUUUUUUUUUUUUCAUUUUUUUUUUUGUCUUCUUUUUAUGGAGGACUUGCGCCUCGUGAAAUUUUUUUCAAGGUUUUCUCAUCCACGAGGAUCAUGGAUUUUAUCGAUUUUCGUAUUAGCGAAUAACUUAUGAAUUUUAUUGUGGCUUUGACAAAUUUUUUUUUUCCUCUCGUUAAGACGUUUUUUUCCCCUAACCGAGAAGUGCGAUUCGAAAUAAAGAUACACAUGCACGGUUGUUUCAAUUCUGGCGUGCCAGAAUUUUUUUCUUCCCCCUCCCCCCUUUUUUCCCUCUUUCUUUUUGAUUAAUAAUUAGUCGAGUCUAAAUUGUUAUUUUUUGAUGUAUAUGUUUUUCUUGCCCCUGCACGUGUAUCUCAUAUAGCACGAUUAUUCUUUUUUGGACGAGAUCCUGUGCCUUGGUCUGUUAUUUUAAUCGAAUAAAAUUUAUACCGAUUAAGAA